AAGGCUUCCAGUUAGCUUCGAACUAUGCUCUUCCCACGAUACCGAUUAAAAUUCUGGAACGAGUUUAAUUUAUUGUUUGUCACAACACUAAUCAUUCUGGUCACUUCUAGCGAACAACAUGAGACAGAAUGCGAUGAUAAUUUCUUCAGAUGUCGCUCAGGCAGAUGUAUAUCUAUGAGCUUCAUUUGCGAUGGAUAUGAAGAUUGCGGCCAUGGGGACAUGUCGGAUGAAGAGAAUUGUCAUAUGACCACUACCCCAGGAACGAAACCAUGUAAUAAGGAUGAAUACCAGUGCCAAGAUAGGCUAUGCAUUCCUUCGUUAUGGGUCUGCGACGGUGAAGCGGACUGUUUGGAUGGCAGCGAUGAGACUCAUGGAUGUACUGCGGGGACAUGUGACGGUUUUCUGUGCCACAGCAAGACUUGUAUCCCCAAAGAGUGGGAAUGCGAUGGCGUAAGGGAUUGUCCUGAUAAUUCAGACGAAUUGUUCUGUACUAAGAAACCAGUGAACUCAGAAGAAUGCAGUAUUCAUGAAAAUGGUUUCUUGUGUCGUGAUCAAAUGAAAUGUAUUGAAUUGAAAGAAGUCUGCAAUAACCACCCUGAUUGUGAUGAUAGUUCUGAUGAAGGUGGCGUGUGCCUCGUUUCAAACAAAACAGAUACAUGUACUAAUCUGAAAUGUUCUACUAACCAAGGCUGCAUAAUAUUACCUGAGGGGCCUGUAUGUACUGAGGUGUGCAUGAAAGGAUACCACUUCACUGGUGGUUCUUGUUUCGAUAUAGAUGAAUGUUUAUCAUUUGGAAGUUGUGACCAAAUAUGUAUGAACACAAUUGGAGGCUACAAUUGCUCCUGUAUUGAAGGCUAUAAAUUUAAUAUUGAUUUGAACAAAUGCAAAGCUAAAGGAAGUGAAGGCAUAUUAUUUUUCACUUCAAACCAAGAAAUAAGAGGAUAUUAUUUAGACUCUGAAGUCUACUUUAAAGUAGUAGAAAAUCUACCACAUGCAACAGGAGUAACAUAUGAUGGUGUUAAUGUUUAUUGGACAACAGUAGCAGAUGAGGAAGAAACAAUUGUCAAAGCAGCUGAAAAUGGUGAAAAUCAAAAAAUAAUUGUAACUUCUGGUAUUGGCAGACCUGAAGAUCUGGCAGUUGAUUGGAUUACAAAAAAUGUAUACUUCACAGAUUCUAAAUUAAAGUAUGUAGGUGUUUGUUCCAAUGAUGGAUACUAUUGCCUUAUGCUCCACGAAGAUCAAGUGGAAAAACCACGUGCUAUUGUCCUGCAUUCAUCAGAAGGAUUGAUGUAUUGGUCAGAUUGGGGAACAGAACCUGCCAUUAUGCGUUCAGGAAUGGAUGGAUCUAAUAUAAUAAAAUUUAUAAAAGAUGACAUUCAUUGGCCAAAUGGUCUAGCCAUCGACCAUGGAACAAAUUAUUUAUAUUGGGUAGAUGCUAAAGAAGCAAGAAUUGAAUGUGUAAAACUAGAUGGAACCGACAGAAGAAAAGUACCAUCCACUGCUGUAAAACAUCCCUUUUCCAUUGAUAUUUUUGAAGAUAGAAUCUACUGGAGUGACUGGGACAGUGACCAAAUCGUAUCCUGCAAUAAAUUUUCUGGCAAAGAUUGCCAUACAAUAAUAAAAGAAAGAGACCAUAAGAUUUAUGGUAUCCAUGUCUACCAUCCUAGCAUGAUAAAGGAAGUUAUUAAUCCUUGCCUUGAUGUUCAAUGCUCUGAUAUAUGCCUAAUUUCUCCGAAAAAUAUGGAUGAUGAUUUGCAAUAUACUUGUGCUUGUCCUUAUCAUAAAAAACUUAGCAGAGAUCAUCAUACAUGUAUUGAGGAUAAGCCACUUCAAACCAUAAUUGUGGGUUCUGGACAGCAGAUCAUUAAAAUACAACAUAAAAAAUUUGGAGGAUUUAGUUCAGAUCAUUUCAAACUAACAGUAUUAAGGAAAAUAGGUGCUCUAGCUUAUGAUCCAAAUUCAGAUAGAAUCAUUGUAAGUGACUUAGUUAGACGUAAAAUAUUUUCAUUCAACGUUAAAAGUUUCGAAUCAGAGAUAUUAAUUGAACACAAUAUUGGAAAAGUUGUUGGUAUGGAUGUUGACUAUUAUGAAAAUAAUCUAUAUUGGAUAGAUGAUGAGAAAAAAACUAUUGAAGUUAUGAAUUUGCAAAACAAACAUCGAUUAACACUCAUACGAGAUCUAAAUGAAGGUCUCAAUGAUAUAGCAUUGGUGUUAGAACAUGGAUUUAUGUUUGUUGCACUUUCAACAUUUGAGGGUGCACACAUUGACAGGAUAUCAAUGGAUGGGCGACAAACUUCCAGAAUUCAUGUAAUUGAAGAGAAACUAUUUGGCCCUUUGUCUCUUAGCUAUGAUCCUAAACUUGAGCGACUGUUCUGGUCUGAUCAAAUGGGAGGUGAAAUAGCUUCCACAGCUGUUGAAGGACUUGAUCGACAUAUUUUUAAAGACGGACAUUCCGGUCCAGUAGAUGUUGCAGUUACUGAGUCAGAAGUAUUUUGGCUUGGUUAUGGAGCUACGAAGGUUUUUUGGUCAAAUAAGUUUGAUGGAUCUCUUACAAAAAGAUUUAUUUUAGACAAGCUUGAAGAAACUGAUAACAUGAAAAUCAUUGGAUUAAAUAAAGGUUUAAGGAAGGAAGCAAGUGCUUGCAAUGCCCUUGGAAACUGCAGUCAUGUCUGUUUGAUUUCUACACAUAUGGGGAUUUGUGCAUGCCCUGACGGAAUGGAGCUUGGAUUUGAUAGAAAAACCUGCCAAAAAUUACUUGCCUGUAAAGAAGGACAAUACAAAUGUACCACUGGUGAAUGUAUUUCAAAGUCUCUACGAUGUAAUGGUAGAUCAGAUUGUAGGCUUGGUGAUGAUGAAGAAUAUUGUUCUAUAAUUUGUUCACCAGACCAGCUUGCUUGCUUAGAUGGUUCUAGUUGUAUUGAAAAAUCUAAAAAAUGUGAUUCUAAAGUUGACUGCAAUGACGGUUCUGAUGAAAAAUAUUGUGAAUCUACUCGGAAUUGUACUGGAAAUGAAUUCCAAUGCACAUCAGGAGAAUGUGUUUCCAAAGUAGCACAAUGUGAUGGCAUGAAUGACUGCAACGAUGGCAGUGAUGAAAGCAGUUGUAAUGCUUUCACUUGUAAAACUAAUGAGUUCCGCUGCAAUACAGGAAACUGUAUACCAAAUUCAUGGGUAUGUGACAGUCAGAUUGACUGUAAUGAUGGUUCUGAUGAAGGUCCAAAAUGUUCUGAAAUUGAAGGAUGCGAUGAAGAUCAGUUUACUUGUGACAAUGGUCACUGUAUUUCUCAUGUUUUGGUCUGUAACCAUGAAGAUGAUUGUGAAGAUUCAUCUGAUGAAAAAUAUUGUUACUUUCCAAAAAGCAAAAAAAAAUAUGAUAAUGAGGAAAAUAAGACUCAGGAUUCAUCAAAAGACUGCCAAUUUUUAUGCCCUUCAGAUUUAAAAAUAUGUUUGCCUUCAUCAGGGAGAUGUAAUGGAACUUCAGAGUGUCCAGACGGAGAAGAUGAGCUUCGUUGCAACAAGUGCUCUGAGGAAGAAUUCACUUGUUCUUCGAGUAAGCGAUGUUUGCCAAUGACAUGGGUUUGUGAUAAUGUCAGUGAUUGUGAAGACCAGUCUGAUGAAAUGCAUUGCCUUAAUGGAACCUUGGCUGUACACGAUAUGUUUAUUUCAGACAAUCUUCUAUGUGAUGGUUUAUUCUGCAAAGAUAGUAAGAAAUGUAUUCCCUUAAGUAAACUGUGUGAUUCUCUUAUGGAUUGUACUGAUGGGUCAGAUGAAAAAGGCCUUUGCGGUAAGGGAUGUGAACACGCUGCAUGUCAUCACAAAUGUAAAGAGACACCUAUGGGACCUAGGUGUGAAUGCUUAAGUGGUUAUACUCUAGGAGGUGAUGGUAGGACUUGCAGUGACAUCAACGAAUGUGAGAAAAUGUCUUCUUGCUCUCAAUAUUGCCAUAAUACUGUUGGCAGUUAUAGUUGUUCAUGCAUGGAUGAUAAUUUUCAACUAAGAUCUGAUAAAAUAAGAUGCAAAGCAAAAGGAACUGAAAUGAAGUAUUACUUUGCCACGAAAAAAGAAAUUAAAUAUAAAUCCCAAUCCUUACAGCAAACAGUUGUAGUGUAUCAAUCACAGCGUGAUAUGGAUAUGAAAGGAAUGGAUUUUGAUAUGAAUAAUGAUAUAAUAUUUUGGACUUCAGAGAUUAGUGGUUAUUUGUACAAAGUUGAUAUUAAAUCUAAAAACAUCACUCAAAUUACAAACCUCAUAAGACCAACAAAAAUAUCAUAUGACUGGGUUACUGGUAAUGUUUAUGUCCUUGAAAACUUCAAAAUUAUAAGAGUUUGCAAUUUUGAAGCUAAACUUUGUUCAGCAUUGUACACAGCUAAGAAUGGUAUCAACAUUGAAACCAUUGCUCUUGAUCCAAAAUCGAGAAUCAUGUUCUGGUCUGAAAGUAAAUGGUUAAUAAAUCAAACACCCAAUAGUACACUUCAGCUGGCAUCAAUGAGUGCAGAUAAUCCUUGGGCAGUGCUAAGUUUUGAUUUUAGUCCAGUUACUGAUAUUGUAGUUGAUCAUUUUCACAAAGUUGUUUAUUGGUCAAACUUAGCAGAAAAUAAAAUUGAAAGAUGUAGUUAUGAUGGAAAAGACAGAUCUGUAUUAUUGCGUAGUGAGUAUCCUCCAAGAGACUUGGUACUGUUUGAAGAUUAUUUAUACUGGGUAAAUGAUCAAAAACAAUCUCACAUUAUUCGUCCAGAAGCAGAAGGAACUAUUACUAAAUAUGGGCUGUAUGGAUCUGUGUAUAUGAAGCAUGAAUCAGUAAGGCUUUUACCUUCUUCAUCCUACAAUGAAAUUAAAGCUUUCCGGGUUUCACAGUCUGCACUCCAGCCUGAAGGAGUGAAUCAUUGUAGCAAAAUCACUUGUAAUUACUUGUGCAUAAGCAAUGAAAACGAACCAAUAUGUUACUGUGAAGAUGGCUCAAAAGUGAAACCCGGAGAUAUAUGCAACAAUCAUACUGGAAUACAUUUCAAAACCUAUGAAACAGAAAAUGUAUCAGGGAGUAGUUCAGUUUUAGCUUGGUUUUUCUGGAUUGGUGGGUUAGUUAUAGCAGCUGGACUUGGUUAUGCAAGUUAUUAUUUUGUAGCUAACUAUGUUCAAAAAAAUAAAAUACACCCAAGGUUCAGUGUAUUUUUUCCUGUUGGCCGUUCUGAGGCUCAGAGAGAACAAGGAUCACAGGUUCAUCAGUUUGAAAACCCUACAUAUAGUGAGGAGAACUCUGAACUUAAGUUUUUGUUAAACAAUGAAAUUUCUGUGAAUCAAGCAGUAUAGUAGUGUUUGAUUUGCAAUAUAAGCAUCCAUUUUGCUAUUUCCUUAUUAGAACUAUACUAUUAUCAUAUCAUAUUAAGUUUUUAAUAUGAAUUUCAUAGUAACUGAUUGUUCUUAUUACUAUUUUUGACUGAUAAAAGUAAUAUACUUUCAGUUUGAAUUAGCAGAGAGCUAUUUAAGCUCUAUAAAACUGUACCAUUAUCAAAUAUAUAAUAUUUGAGCUAUAAUUUAUUGUUUUAAAAUGUAUAUAUAACUACCAUAAUUGAAGUUGAUAUGUCAAAUUGUAU